AUCAGCGGUGGGACUCGAACCUCUGACGUUGGGGACAGUUAAAGGACCAUUCCUUUUUUUUUCUCUGAUCUUCUCUGCUUGUCCUGAUUGGUCCUUCUUCAGCACCAUGGACAGUUCCCAGGACCGACUGGACGCUGCGUCUUUCUUACAGAUGUGGCAACUCUUCGACUCGGAGGACCGCGGCUUCAUCACGGAGACGCAGCUCGACGCCUUCUUCCACCGACUGCUCCAAAAACUGGGGACAAAGGACGAAGAAGAACGUGAGGACAAACACAGACGACUGAGGGACAAAGUGUCCUCAGGUGAUGACGGACGAGUGCAGAUCCAAGAGCUGGCUGCCGUCAUGCUGCCGGAGGAGGAGAACUUCCUGCUUCUGUUUCGAAGAGAGACGCCGCUGGACAACAGUGUGGAGUUCAUGAGGAUUUGGAGAAACUACGACGCCGACAGCAGCGGCUUCAUCUCAGCGGUGGAGCUGAAGGGUUUCCUCCAGGACCUCCUCCUCCAGCACGGGAGGUCCGUCUGUGCUGAGAAGUUGGAGGUGUACACCGACAGCAUGAUGAAGAUGUUUGAUAAGAACAGAGACGGUCGACUGGACCUGAACGACCUGGCCAGAAUCUUAGCUCUAAAAGAAAACUUUUUACUCAAGUUUAAAAUGGACGGCUGCAGCCAGGAGGACAGGAGGCGGGACUUUGAGAAGAUAUUCACUCAUUAUGAUGUGAGUCAGACAGGAGCGUUAGAGGGGCCAGAGGUCGAUGGAUUUGUCAAAGACAUGAUGGAGCUGGUGAAGCCCAGCAUCAGUGGCUCAGACCUAGACAAGUUCAGGAAAGCUCUGCUCAGUCACUGUGACAUCAACAGAGAUGGAAAGAUCCAGAAGAACGAGCUGGCGCUCUGCCUGGGCCUCAAACUCAGCUAACC